CCGUUGCUGUUGCACUUUAAUCCCUUUAAACCCUAGUGUGACAUGCGCAGACAAGAAAGACAAACGUGAGCUCUUUUAAUCGUCGUAUUCGCUAAAACUUUUAAUGGAAACUUGUAGCGACAAGAAAGUUGAGUGAUGUAUUGAGUGAGCAGCUUGGACAGUGACCGAGGAAAAGCUUGGUGUUGUCGAUGCAAGAUGAUAAAAAACUGGGUUGUCAUCGGUGGCAUAGCUACUGCAGUUGCAGCUGGAGUCUAUGUUUUCUGGGGACCAAUUACAGAACGAAAGAAGAGAAAGAGGGGUAUGGUCCCAGGUCUAUUGAAUUUAGGAAGCACCUGCUUCUUAAAUUCUUUGCUUCAGGGUUUGGCAGCAUGUCCGUCCUUUAUUAGGUGGCUGGAGAGGUUUUCAGGUGCAUCUACAAGGAUAUCACACAGAAAGAACCAAUUGUCAACAACACUCCUUCAACUUCUCAAAGCUUUGUCCAGUGAUGAGUCUGGGGACGAAGAUGUACUUGAUGCUGGAUGUGUGCUGGAGGUUCUCAGACUGUACCGCUGGCACAUCAGUUCAUUUGAAGAGCAAGAUGCUCAUGAACUUUUUCAUGUCCUGUCAUCUUCUCUGGAGGAGGAAAAUGAUCUCCAACCCAAAGUCACUCAUUUGUUCGACAUGCAUUCACUCGAAAGCCUCCCUGAACAACAUGAGAAAACUAUGACUUGCAGAAGUCGAGCCCCUCUUCAUCCAAUACCAUGUUCCUGGAAGUUCCAGCAUCCUUUUCACGGUCGUUUAAUAAGCAACAUGUCAUGCAAAAACUGUGAACAGAAAAGUCCAGUGCAGUAUGAUUCUUUUGAGAGCUUGUCAUUGUCCAUUCCUUUACCUCACUGGGGCCGGCCUAUCUCUUUAGACCAAUGUCUUCAACAUUUCAUCUCCUCAGAAGCUAUUAAAGAAGUGGAGUGUGUAAACUGUACCAAGCUUCAGCAAGGGACUGUAGUAAAUGAGCCGAUUUUGAAAAGCCGGAGGACAACAUUUGUUAAACAACUCAAACUGGGAAAGCUCCCUCAGUGUCUCUGCAUCCAUUUGCAACGAUUGACGUGGUCCAGUGAAGGAGCUCCCAUCAAAAGACAGGAGCAUGUGCAGUUCACAGAGUAUCUUUCUAUGGACCACUACAAACACAACACUUUCACCCAGAGGAGUCAUCAGCAGAUAAAGCAUCCUGCAAAUCCCCUGAAGGCAGAAAACACAGAGGAUACCAGGGAAAAAUCCAGCAAUAGCGGCACUGAAACCAUGUCUCAUAACAACAACAAUCCUCUUUUGAAUGGAACGAGUUCAUCUGUCUUUCUGCAGUCUUCUGGUGCAAGUUCACACCUCAACUUCAUGUGCGACUACAGAUCAUCAGAACACCUUUUUCAGCUGAUGGCUGUGGUGGUCCACCAUGGAGAUAUGCGCUCAGGACACUUUGUCACAUACCGGCGCAGCCCUUCCUCAUCUUGCACAUCGCAGUGGUUGUGGGCAUCAGAUGACUUGGUGCGCAAAGCCAGCCUGCAUGAGGUGCUAUCUUCCAACGCAUACAUGCUCUUCUACGAGAGAGUCCGAAGACUGAACAUCACUCUUCAGGCAGAGGAGUAACGAGGCAGACACUGCGACGGUUCUUGCAACUUUUCAGUCCUUUUGUUGAAUGUGCCAGUUAUAAUAUUGUUACCAAAAAGCUGGAGUCUGACUUUGACAGAGGAACUCCAGAGGAAAUUCUUUCCAAAGACAUUACCUGUGGAGAACACUGGCUCAUGGUCCUGCUCUGACCCACAGUUGGUGUUUUAGCCCCAAAGAAUAUGUAUGGAACUGCAGAAUUUUCACUCACACUUAUUAGUUAAUAUACAACUAUUCAUGAGUUUAAUGUUUUUUCCAUUACUAAAAGAUGCAACACCUGACAAUAUAGUGCAGCACAACUACUCUAGAAUAAAUUGUUAGUGUCAAACUGAUAACUCAGUAUUGUAGAAAUGAGGAGAAAAUGCACAGAAUCACAGGUGGAGAAUUCAGUCAUCUUAAUGGUUGAAGUACAGGCAGUAGAUUAACUAUGAUCAGACUAGACAAAACCUCAGACACCCUAAAGUUUCAGGUAUACUAUCAGUUAUUACCCACUGCCAAAAAAAAGGUUAUAACUAUUACCAGAACAUGAACAAGUCCACAAAACAAAACUGGACUAUUUUUAGAAUUAAGAUGGACUUUUCCCUCAAUCGGUUGUGUAGUUUCCUGACAGGCUCCACAGAUUUUCUUUUUUGCUAAAUCACAUGCUGUAAUUGGUUAAAGUGCCAUAAUAUCUGGACUGUUUUAUAUAUAUAUGACACCACUAAAUAAAUAAAUAAAAUAGUGAAAUGUGAAUCCAAGAGAUGUGUGUUAAUGUCAAAGUUAUGGAUGCCUCAAAGACCUUUGGUAUUUUGUCAGUAUUUAACAAAGUUCUGAAAGGCACUUAAAUUGUGACAUAUUUUACAUGGUCUUGUGUGCAAUGAAUAACUGCCAUUUUGCUGCUGUGUUCUGCUACAUCAGUCAGAAAUGGUCCAGUGAAAAACUGUAAAUGUUUGCAUACACACUGUAUAUUCAUGUCAAAUUGUCUGUAUUUCAAGUAAAGUUUGUAAAGGUAAUUAUUUUUAGGUAAUAGUUUUUUAUUUUAAUUGCAUUCUAACUGUACCUUGUAAUAAAAUGCUAACUAAUGUUGGACAUACUGUGAGUG